AUGAUCCCGCCAAAUGUUUCGUGUAGAGCGUGCACUCCCGCCUGCAGUAGCCUACAAGCCAUCGCUCGAGACUGCGUCUACUCAGUCACCUCCACUCCCAACGCCUACAGCCCCUUCUUGUCCCAACCCCAUAAUGUCAGGUUCUCAUUUCAUGCACCCAGGGUCAGACCAAACACUCGUCUCACUUUAAAACUGAGUCGGCAAUCCUCGCACCGAGCCUUCCAUUCAACCCCCACAACCUCCUUCGAAGACUCCCCUCCCUCAAAGCUCUCCUAUCGCGUCGCCGUCUCCUCCUCAGGCAAAGGGCGCCGCUUCCACCCCAUCAAAAAUGCAUAUAACUUCGACCCCGCCGCCGACGCCCUUGGCGUGACGAAUGAUAAGAACUCCGUCAGUCGGCGGCGCAACCGCCCAGAUAGUGGCGAGGACGCCUUCUUCGUGAGUCGCAUUGGAAACCGCAUCUCAGACCACCAAGACAGUAAUGCCGAAGCUGUUGCUUUUGGCGUUGCUGACGGCGUCGGUGGCUGGACAGAAUCCCGCGUCGAUCCGGCGGACUUUUCACACGGCUUGUGUGGGUACAUGGCGCAGACUGCGCAGACCUGGCAUGAGCCGGCAGAGCGUUUGCGUCCCAAGCACUUACUACAGGCCGGGUAUGACCAGGUCGUGGCGGAUUCUACAAUCCGCGCGGGUGGGAGUACGGCGUCUGUUGGCGUUGCGCUGCCCGAUGGUCGCGUAGAAUUGGCGAAUUUGGGUGACUCUGGCUCGGUGCUGCUUCGUCGCGCAGCGGUACAUCAUUACUCCGUCCCACAGACGCAUGGCUUCAACACUCCUUACCAGCUUAGCGUGAUCCCGCCGCGCAUGCGCGCGCAGGCGUCGGUGUUUGGUGGGGCAUUUUUAGAGGAUUUCCCGCGAGAUGCAUCUGUCACGAAUAUACAAAUGCAGCAUGGUGAUGUACUCUUGAUUGCCACCGAUGGCGUCUUUGACAAUCUCAACAACCAGGAUAUCCUCAAGCUCAUCACAAGUCGGAUGGUUAUGACUGGAGCGUGGACGGCCACUGACUCUGGCGUUGGGGUCUCGGAGGACCUGCGUGCUUUGGCUGCGCCGGGUGGGUUGGCAGAUGCCCUUCCCAGUCCCUCAGGAUCGCCCCUGUCCAAGAAAGGCCCGUCUGAUCCCGAUUCAGGGCCUGAGGAUCAAGUGACACUGCAGUCUGUUCUCGCUGCAACUAUUGCUGGUGAGGCGAAAAUGGCUAGUGUCGACUAUCGCCGUGAUGGCCCCUUUGCUAAAGAGGCCCAGCGCUAUUAUCCUGGUGAUUAUUAUCGCGGCGGCAAAGUGGAUGAUAUCUGCGUUGUGGCUAUCAUCGCUGUCGAUGAUAGCGUAGCUGUGGGCCGUAAGGUCUGA